UACUCAAAAAUGCUAAUGGCACUGAGCCUCAUUUGGGAUGGUAAAAUGAAUGAGAAUCUGGGUCAAAUGACUGAAAUAGAGGAGCAGCCUUGUAGUUCAGAAACUAUGAAGCCUUCCUCUUCACGUCAUAAGAGAAAAUCCAGGACAAUGACAAAGCAGACCAAGUCUGAUACCUCUGAGCAAAGUGGAAACGAAGGUGCCACUUCUGACAAUCCUUCAGAAAAGAAUAAAUCAAACUCAUCAAAAGUAAUGAAGCCUACUGGAAAUGAGAAUAAAGCACCUAUGAAGCUUAGGGUGGAUUUCAAACAAAAGCAAAAGGAUGAAGCCCUCUCGAAAAAGGUUAGCUGCACAGGCUGUGGGAAACAAGUGAAUCAGUUUCAAUCAAAUUCUGUGUAUGAGCACCCUGUGCUCAAAGUUCUUGUUUGUAAGUCCUGUUACAACUAUUACUCGAGUGAUGACAUCAGCAAGGACUCGGAUGGAAUGGAUGAACAAUGCAGGUGGUGUGCUGAGGGAGGGAAGCUCAUCUGUUGUGACUACUGCAGUAAUGCUUUUUGUAAGAAGUGUAUCCUGCGAAACCUGGGCCGAAAAGAGUUAUCUCUUAUCACAGAUGAAAACUCCAAGUGGCACUGCUAUGUUUGCAGGGAUGAACCUCUAAAAGAUCUAGUCUCUACAUGCCAUAGUGUGAUGGAACAGAUUCAAGAACAUGGCAAACAAAAGAAAACCGAAAAAAAUGAAGAGCCUGAGAAGAUGAAAGACAAAAAGAAAUCAUUAAAGGAACAUAAAGCAGCUGUUAAUGGAAAAGAACAGCCUGAAACCUCAGGGACUAUGACUUUUACCUAUAAAAAACUACAAGUACCCAAAGAGCUCAUAAAGAAAACAAAAAAACUUGUUGAAACUACUACUGGGCUAAACAAUACUUUUAUUCAGUUCAUACAACAAACAGCAGAGGAAGAGACUGAUAAUUCCAUUAGAUAUCGGCAUUUGAAAGCUUUCAAAUCAGUACUUGCAGAUUUAAAAAAGGCCCACAGUGCAUUGGAGGCUGUCCUAGAGCCAGAGUUUAAAAAUAUGGAGUUGCUGAAUGGCCUGCCCAGUGCAACAAAAACCUCAAGUGAAGCAACCCUCUUGAAAAAUGAUUUGGAUGGUGACCAUUCCUCUGAUGUUUCAGAUGUGAACACUGCUAUUGAGCAGCCAGUUGAGGAAAACUACCAUGAAUCUGCUACUGAGGAGAUGGCAGAAUGUAACAGUCAAGUAUCGGCUUCUGUUGACGAGAUGGAGGAAAAUGACCAGCAGUCUACUGUGGAGGAUAUGGAGGAGGACAAAGCACAGGAAAACCCCAGUAGUGAGGGCACAGAAGUUGAAAUGCCAGUUCAAGACAUUAAGGAAAUGGCAGCAGUUGAAGAGCUUCAAAUAAGCAAUGAAACUGACACAAUAGAGGUGCAUUCCAAAAUGAAUCAAACCAAUACAGAUAUUAAAAUAAAGACUGAGAUUUGUGAGGAUCCAUUAGAAGACACUGAGAUGUCGUUAGAUCAAGAUAUUUUGGCGGUUCCUCCUUCAGUUCCUGAAGAACUUUUUCAGAUGGUUGAAAGUCUUGCUGAUUCUGCCAAACUUGAACAGAGUGACACUUUGUCAGUUACAGAAGAAGAUGGAAAGUCAAAUGGUAAUCCAGCUGACUCCAAAAGUUCACAGCCCAAGGUCAAAAAUCUGAUAGUCAAACUAACUCCAGUGCCAAUUGUAACGACCCGCGAGUCUAGAUCUAAAAACAUAGAGAAAGAAGAGACACAGGUGAAGAAGAAAGAAGGUGGCACAAGUCCGCAACGCACAUGCCAGUCAAGUCGUGUCAAGACUACUCCUUUAAGGAAGCAGACAGAGACCAAGAACAAAGAAGAGUCGUCCGAUUCAGAGUCUGAGAAAAGUUCAAAGAAAAAAGCCACGUUAAUGGAUGACAAAAAAGAUGUGAAGCAGGAGGCUAAGACUCUGGACUCAGACUCUGAUGAAGUUCCAAAUGCUCUGAUCAAGAAAGCAGUUGAUGCCAAUAGCUCAGGGGACGAACAAAAAAGCAGUUGUGCUAAGAAACGUUUAUUCAAACUAAACAACACUUCCGCCUCUUCAAAAAGAAAGAGGAAGUCUGAAAGCUCAGAUUCAGAUAAUAAAGAGAAUAAAACCAAAACAAAGCCAAAGAAGAAAAAACAAAAUGGUUCAGACUCAACUGAUUCAGAAGAUGAGGACUUUGAAAAAUCAAAACGGAGAUCCACCAGAGUAAAGAAACAUGAGAAAGUAAAUGAUGAGAAAAGCUCUCCAGAGAAGAAGCCAGGGGAUCGUAAAAGGUCUUACGAAAAGAAACGCACAGGUAAGAGUCCCAAAGCGGCCUCUAAACUGCAGUCUUCAUCAAGUGAUGAGGAGGAAGAGCAGCAGGCUGACGAAGAGGCUGCAGAGGAUAGCGAUGAUCAGAAGAUAAAACCUAUAGUGGAGAAUAUUGUUGGUGAAAGUGCGCACUUUCAUCAGUCCUCUGGGGAUGAAGUUGAGGAGAAAGCGCCCUCUCAGCCAUUAGAAGAUGAUUUUGAUGAUGAUCCAGAAAAUAGAAUUGCUAAGAAGAUGCUUCUUGCUAAAAUUAAAUCCAACUAUUCCUCUGGUGCUGAAAGCUCAUCUGACGAUGAAGGACUUGAAAAAGAAGAAACUUCAAAAAAAGUAAAAAAAGAAAAGGAAAACAAAGAAAAAACAUCAGACUCUAGUGAUUCAGAAAACUCAGGAUCUGAUGUAGAUUUGAAGAAAGGUGCCAGACGUCACAAACUUCUACGUCACAAGCUGUCCUUGAGUGAGGGUGAAUCUGGGGAUGAGGGCAAAGAGACUAAGAAGGACAAAUCUAAAGAGAAGAAAAGGAAGGCUAAGAAGACUGUGGAUAGUGAUAACUCAGAUUCAGAUUUUGAGAAGCCGGAGUCCAGCGCACAAAGUUCAGGUUCAGGUUCAGAAGCCUUAAGUGAGGCGGUGAGUGAUUCAGAAAAAGAGGGCAAGAAAAGAAAGACUAGAGCUGCAAAAAAGAAGGAUGAACAAAAACAGCGCAGUUACAAGCAGCAAAAGAAGAAGCGUCGCAGAAUCAAAGUUCAGGAUUCAUCUUCCAGUAACGAAAAAAGUGGAGAUGAGGAAGGGGAGGAUGGGGAGGGUGAAGAUGGUGAAGAUGGUGAAGAGGGCCGCAAAGGACGCAAGAAGAUUCGCAAAAUCUUGAAGGAUGACAAACUGCGCACAGAGACACGAGAUGCCCUUAAAGAGGAGGAGGACAGGAGGAAGCGGAUAGCAGAGAGAGAAGCACUCAGGAAGAGACUCAGAGAGGUAAUUGAAGUGGAGGAAUCCUCCCAAGUGUCAUGCCCCAUUACCACUAAACUUGUACUUGAUGAGGAUGAAGAGACAAAGGAGCCUCUAGUGCAGGUCCACAGAAACCUUGUUACAAAGCUCAAACCUCACCAAGUUGAUGGGGUCCAGUUUAUGUGGGAUUGUUGUUGUGAGUCUGUGAAAAAGGUUAAGAAAUCUGCUGGUUCAGGUUGCAUCCUCGCUCACUGCAUGGGUCUCGGAAAAACCCUGCAGGUGGUGACAUUUCUCCAUACUUUGUUGCUCUGUGAAAAACUUGACUUCACUACAGCCUUGGUGGUUUGUCCUCUAAACACUGUCCUGAACUGGCUUAAUGAGUUUGAGAAGUGGCAAGAAGGUUUUAAGGAUGAUGAGAUACUGGAGGUUACAGAGUUGGCCACAGUAAAAAGACCACAAGAGAGGGCUUUUGCACUACAGCAAUGGCAGGAAUCUGGUGGGAUAAUGAUUAUGGGCUACGAGAUGUAUCGAAACCUCACCCAGGGGAGGAACAUCAAAAGCAAGAAACUCAAAGAGACCUUUCAGAAGACACUUGUUGAUCCAGGCCCAGAUUUGGUGAUUUGCGAUGAAGGUCAUAUUCUUAAAAAUGAGGCCUCUGCUGUGUCCAAGGCCAUGAACUCAAUUAAAACAAGAAGGAGGGUGGUCCUUACAGGAACACCACUACAAAACAACCUAAUUGAAUACCACUGCAUGGUUAAUUUCAUCAAAGAAAACCUGCUCGGUUCAGUAAAGGAGUUCAGGAAUCGCUUCAUUAACCCCAUCCAGAAUGGGCAGUGUGCUGACUCCACGAUGCACGAUGUCCGCAUUAUGAAGAAGAGGGCACACAUCCUGUACGAGAUGCUGGCGGGUUGUGUUCAGAGAAAAGAUUACUCUGCACUUACAAAGUUUCUGCCUCCAAAGCACGAGUAUGUGCUCUCGGUGAGAAUGACUCCCAUCCAGUGCCGCCUGUAUAGAUAUUACCUGGAGCAUUUCACAGGUGUGGGGAAUGCUUUGGAAGGAGGCCGAGGCCGUGCUGGGACCAAACUCUUCCAGGAUUUCCAGAUGCUUAGCAGAAUCUGGACCCAUCCGUGGUGCCUUCAGCUGGACUACAUCAGUAAAGAAAACAGGGGAUUCUUUGAUGAGGACAGCAUGGAAGAGUUUAUCGCCUCAGAAACUGACGAGUCAUCCAUGAGUCUCAGCUCUGGGGAUGAGAGGCAAAAGAAGAAAAAGAAGAAAGGCAAGAAAAAGGUCUCUGAAGAGUCUGAUAGCGAUGAUGUGGAAGUGAUUAAGGAGUGGAAUACCAGCUCCCGAGGGCGAAAUGGUGAAGGAGGAGAGGGACGUAGCCGACCAGAGCCUGAAGAAGAGCCUGCUCGGCCAUCUGGCUCACAUCCCGGGAGUCCCACUGCUGACUGGCACAGAGAGUUUGUCACUGAAGCUGAUUCUGAAAUCCUGGAGCACUCUGGGAAAAUGGUGCUGCUUUUUGAGAUACUCCGGAUGGCAGAGGAGUUGGAGGAGAAAGUGCUGGUGUUCAGUCAGUCUCUCAUUUCUCUGGACCUGAUAGAGGACUUUCUGGAACUGGCUUGUAGAUGUGGUGAAGAUGAUGUAGAAAAGCCUUCUCCAUAUAAAGGUGAAGGUAAGUGGUUCAGGAACAUUGACUACUAUCGCCUUGAUGGCUCCACCAAUGCAACCACCAGAAAGAAGUGGGCUGAGGAAUUCAAUGAUACCAGUAACACAAGAGGUCGGUUGUUCCUUAUCUCAACACGAGCAGGCUCACUGGGCAUCAACCUUGUAGCAGCAAACAGGGUUAUAAUCUUUGAUGCUUCUUGGAAUCCUUCCUACGAUAUCCAGAGUAUCUUCAGAGUGUACCGCUUUGGACAAGUUAGAACUGUCUUUGUGUACAGGUUUUUGGCCCAGGGUACAAUGGAAGAGAAGAUUUAUGAACGGCAAGUAACCAAGCAAUCUUUGUCAUUCCGAGUUGUGGACCAGCAACAAAUAGAAAGGCACUUUACCAUGAACGAGCUGGCCGAGCUCUAUACCUUUGAACCAGACCAGUUGGACGACCCCUCCGAGAAGAAGAAAAAGAGGGACACACCAGUGCUUCCUAAGGAUGCUGUAUUGGCUGAGUUGCUCCAGAACAACAAAGACCAGAUAAUGGGUUACCACGAGCACGACUCUCUGCUGGACCAUAAAGAGGAGGAGGCUUUGAGUGAGGAGGAUCGGAAGGCUGCUUGGGCAGAGUAUGAAGCUGAGAAGAAGGGUAUGUCUAUGAUGAGGAACACCCCGACAGUCUUCCCCCAAAUGGGCAUGGCCGCAGGCACCCAAUCCUACGUCAACUACAAUAUGGCGGCGUUAUCCUCAAUGUCCAACCAGCAGCUGGAGGACCUCAUCAACCAGGGUCGAGCGAAGGUCAUUGAAGCCACAAAUUCACUGAACUCUCUAAAUCCGGAGACACUAGAGGAUACGAUUGCCAGGGUGUGGAAAGAGAACCCUUCACUGACUGAGAACCAGGUCCAUGCUAUUGCCCUGAACCGACAGGCCAAUGUGGAGAUGGAGAUCAAGCGUCGUGAGGCCAUUUAUCGGGACAUACUAGCCAGGCAGCAGGGGCUAAUGGGCUUUGUGCAGAAGCUGAUGAACAACAGAAAGGUGCAGCAGCAGCAGCUGGCCCUGGCCAACCAGCAGUACCAGCUGGCCCUGCACAACGGCAUUCUGGGAGUGUCUGGGAUGAACCAGAUGGAUCUGUUGGGACUCUACCAGCAGCUCCAUGGUUUAGGUUCUCACCAAGCCACCAGCAAAAACCCAGGGCCCUCUAAAGGCUUGUAGGUCAGACAGGACCCUCCACACCCUCGCUCCGCUCACUGGUCCCAAAGGCCUCUUCUGCAAGGCCCUAUUCUCAUUAACACCAACUAUGAGAUGCUUAAGAACUCAGAGCACCCCUGUGCAAUUCAACAUGGUGUGUAGUGGUGUAGUUUUGGGACUGCUGUACAGUGAGAGCCAGAAAUGGGAUCAACUCUCAGUUCAUAAUUUCGUAGUUCACUGAAAAGAGGGAUUGUGUUGUAUAAAUGUGUGAACCAGUUCUAAUAAGGACAUUUAAAGUGUAAAUACAGCCUUAAUGUUGUUCUACAUCCAAUUUUUUCCAUGUAUGUAAAAAAUGCCCUGAAUGCUUUUAAGCAUUGUAUUGUUUUCCUGUUCAAAAAGAGGGUUUGGUAUUAUUUAAAGUCAGUUUUUAUACUGUUUUAAAUGCCUAACUUACCCUAAGUGGGACCAUUGUCAUCAAUGGCAGUCAUUCAAAGCUCUUUCUUAUUAUGCCCCAUAAAUUUUGACAAUUAUAACUAACACGCUGGGAGCAGCUGGUGCUCUAUUAGGAGUUUAGAAAAGAUAAAAUGGCUUUAUAUUUCUUUCUUAAAAACAUGUAAAGGUUAUAAAAUUGCAGUUUGUUAAAAAAUCUUUUCUAUAUAAUUUUGAGUGUUUAGUUGGUCGCUGAAUGUGGUAAUGCAAUGCUUGUGUUGUUCAAAACUGCCUGCCGGUUCCUGACCCUUUGGUAACAUUCACAUUGUCACGUGUUGUCUAGCAUAGCACUGUGCGUCCUCUUUACUGUCUAAGUUCCACUUGUGUUGAACUAGAGGCAGGGUGUGAAGGACUGGCUCUCUGAAAGCACAACCCCUUCAGCCUGACUGAGUACUUCAUCUGACAGAGUUUGACGACUGUGGAUCCAAUGGACUGAGUAUGAAGUUGGGUCUGCUCUUGUCAGUUUUUUCAUGUGCUGUCCUGGUCUUUUUAGUGGUACCAGGAAUUGUUCAGACCUCAUUUUGCCACUUUCUUGCUUUUUAAUCGUUAAGACUGGUGUAGCUAUUAACACACAGAACUGUUGCAGUUGUAUUUUCAAUGUAUAUUACGCCCUUUGAAGAAUGUUUUUAUGUUCUACAUGAUUUGCCAUGAUCUCCUAUUAUCUUGAUAAGUAUUUAAUAUUACAUUUAAUAAAGUGACCAAACAGUG